UCUGUGGCUCUGCGGGAAGUAGUUUUAAAGUCUGUCGCUGUGGAUAUACUUCUCCUGGUUCUCUUCAGUGUUCAGCACAGUCUGUUGGCAUGGGCUGCAGUUAAGAGAGCAUGUCAGAAUGUUCUGGGGGUUUUAUGCAGAACAGUGUACUGCUUCACCACUGCCACAGCACUGCAUAUAUUGAUGCGCUGUUGUCAGCCGGUAACCAGCGCCCCUUGUCUGUGGGACAUCUGGUUUCCCCUCAUUUGUUUUAUCUUACACUUCCUGUGCUGGGCCAUAAUCUGCAGUAUCCUGCUCAUUUUUGACUAUCCAAAAUUAUUAGGCAUCAAACAGGUGUAUUAUGAUGGUUUGGGUCAAGGUGACCCGCUCUCUCUGAAGUCUCUCUGCGCCCAGCGGCUUUUCUCUCACCUCAGGCAUCCAGUCUGCGUGGAGCUGCACAUGGUUCUCUGGGUUCUUCCCACCUUCCCACUGGACCGGCUCCUGCUGGCUGUUUACCUGGUGCUCGCUCACUCUCUGGAUGCUCCUAAAUUCCUGUGCAACCCUUGUUGAAUUAAACGUACAAACUGACAUCAUGACUGAACACCUCUACAGAGAUCAAAACAAAUGAAAGAAGAUAGUCUCAUGUGAAAAUAAUUGCAUAUAUUGGGGUCUGCACCUGCAUAAAAAAUGCUUUAGUCUUUCUGUUGGUACAUGUUUUACUCAGGGACUGAUUAUGGUUUUGGCAUGCUCUGGGCACAGGUGCCUCAUAUUGGGCCUACACAUGAAGCUAGUGUGAAUCACAACAAAAAACCCAUAUUGCUUCCAUUAUUAUCAAUGGUGCAAUUGCGUGCUUCCUGUGCAGACUGCAGAGAGCUUUAACUGAUUAUAAUCCGAGCGAUCUGGUUUUGUCCCAUUGGGAUGCAUACUCUCUUCAAGUGUAUUAUGGAUGUCAAAGACCAACCGGCAGCAUAUUUUCUAAAAGCAACAACUGCCAAACCACUCAUAUGACAAAGUGUUGGAUAUUGCUCUGUUACUGCCAUGAAAGAAUAACUCGUUGUAAAACUUAAAUGAUCAAAUACUGUUCUAGUAAUUAUGGACUGUUUCUGCAGCUCAUCAACGCCCCCUGCUGGUUUGGGGCCUUGUGCAUAUCUAUGGUAGGCCCGAGCAUGAGGCCAACCAUGCUCUUAAAGCAAACUAGUUAGUUAAGCAUGAAUUGUUUAUUUUCACAAGAUCUAUCAUGUAUUGUUAAUCAGCUGAAGAGGAGCUGAUGCAUUUUGGCCACUUGUAAAGAGCACAGGUCAAAGGUCAUGAGAUUAAAUCACUCUAUGCAUCUGCUCAGCCCUGAAUUUCCUCAUUAAGAAAGGGCUCAACACACAUACUCACACAUGCAUGAUACAUGCAUAUGCAUGCACAAACAAACCAAUGAUCUAUCAGUUAAUUUGAGAAAGAAAUAAUGAAAUAUGGGAUGAAUUUUGUUGGUCAGCAUAUGUUUAUGCUUUUAUUAAAAAGAUGGGUGAAUUGUCCUUUAAGCAGAAUUAUAUGAAUGUAUGAAAAUGCAUUUAAUCCGUGGAACACAAGAAGAGGUUUGUUGGGGUCUUGCAGCCUCAGUCACCAUUCAUAUUCACUGUAUGGAAAAAGACAAGAAAUAAAGUCACAAAAAAGAAAUAAAGUCACACUUCUUAAGAAUGACAUGAGGGUGAGAAAAUGAUGAACGGAUUUUAAUUUUUUGGGUGAAACUUGAGCAAGUAAGGGCCAAUAACCUUUAAUGCCAAUGCUUUUAUUUUUGGAAAAUAUUUCAGCAUCACAUAAGAGGUCAGCAGCUAUGCAGCACAUUUCUGUUGGGUUAAAUGUGUGUUACAUAUUUGGAUGACAAACAUCCUGUGUACUUAACAAUUAUGCGUCAUACCCACUGGACAAUUUGCAUUUUGUUUUGUUUUAUGAAAAAGUGUCAUUUGAAAUAUGUUUACAUAUUGACUUUAUGGUACACAAUUAUGUCAGGCUACAUGGUCAGUAAAAUUAAAAAGAGAUUGUGAAGGGUCAUUAGAGUGAUUUAACUUUUUCUGUAUCAUGCUGUGUAUUUUAAAAAUCCACCAGUGUCACAAGAUCAGUGUUGAAGAUAUAACAUAAAAUACUGAAACACUGCAGAUGUAUGUAUUGUUGUUUUUAAUUUAGAUUUAAAUGUAUUUUCAGGAAGCAAAUAGUUGACAAAUAACAUGUCUAUAAAUUCCAUGCAAUUCUGAAAUACAUGCAAACAGGGGC